AUUCCUCAAGACAGAAGUCACUCAGGGGACAGUUGCUGUUGUUCUGUCAGCACAACCUGUGAGUUUACCGCACCGUUUUUUUGCUGCGUGACCAAGCGGUUACCGUGACUCCGUUGCGCCGUCAUGUGUGCGCUGCUGCCUACGUGGACCUGUCUGUUGCUCGGCCUCCUGACCCCGGAGACCCAGACCCGAGUGCCGCUGAGCCAGCAAAACCUCCAGACUAGCAGACACAAGUUAUCCAAAUCAUCCAAGCACAUGAUGCCUUCUUUCACAAUGCCACCUACGUCCGGUCAGUCCAUUGCCCUUGACAACACCAUCACCCUGGCAGAGAGCCGUUUCAUCUGGCGAGUCCUCCUUAAGAAGGAGCCCCCGCCGAGGUGGCUCAAACUAGAGCAGGAAAUGCGGCCGGGCGACCGUGGUAGGUCCCGAGGACGUCGCCAUGCCAACGGCCGAAGGGCCCAUGGCCAGCUGAUGAGGGCGGGUUGCGUCCUGGGCACCUGUCAGGUGCAGAACCUCAGCCAUCGUCUUUACCAGCUGAUUGGACGCAGCGGCAGGGAAGACUCCUCCCCAAUCAACCCUCGUAGUCCCCACAGCUACGGCUGACACUUGGAUUUAGUCAGUUUAGUAUUUCAUUACCCAUUAUACAACCCCAAUUCCAAUGAAGUUGGGACGUUGUGUUGAACAUAAAUAAAAGCACAAU